AAUAAAAGGAAAAUAAAAAAUAAAUAAAAAACUGCUGCUGAACAACACCAAAGAAUUUGUUUAAAAGUUUCCAUUCCUGGUAACAGCAACAUCAGCUUGGUUUUGCUUAUUUUCAAGCUUGAAGCAUGGCGUUUUCCGAUCAAACACCGGAGGGAUCUUCGCAGAGAAAAAUGGGGAGAGGCAAAAUUGAAAUAAAGAGGAUCGAAAACACCACAAAUCGGCAAGUCACCUUUUGCAAGCGCCGCAACGGGUUACUGAAAAAAGCCUAUGAAUUAUCUGUUCUUUGCGAUGCUGAAAUUGCACUCAUCGUCUUCUCCAACCGUGGCCGCCUCUAUGAGUAUGCUAACAGCAGUGUCAGAACAACAAUUGACAGGUACAAGAAAGCAUGUAUUGAACCCUCAAAUUCGGAAUCUGUUUCUGAAGCUAAUGCACAGUUUUACCAGCAAGAGGCAUCCAAACUUCGAAGACAGAUCCGGGAAACCCAAAAUCUGAACAGGCAUAUUCUGGGUGAAGCUCUUAGCAGUAUGACCUUGAAAGAACUCAAGAACCUGGAGGUAAAAUUGGAGAAAGGAAUCAGCAGAAUUAGAUCCAAAAAGAAUGAAAUGCUAUGUGCUGACAUCGAGUUCAUGCAAAAGAGGGAGGUUGAGCUGCAAAAUCAAAACAAUUAUCUGCGAGCAAAGAUAGCUGAAAAUGAGAGAGCACAACAGGAGCAAACGACAAGCAUGAUGCCAGAAACCGCGUAUGAGUCUACGUCUUCACAAGCAUACGAUCGGAACUACCUCCCUAUAAACCUUCUGGAAUCCAACCACUACUCCUGCGCAGACCAGACAGCUCUCCAACUUGUCUAGUCUAAUCUAAAACGUACACCAUCACCAACGGAAUGAAUUAUUGCAUCACCUCAUCAUAUAUAUAUAUAUAAUGAUUUGUGCAAACACUCUAGCUUUUAAAUACAAGCAACAAGCGAUCAUGAUUGUAGUUUCAAUAAUUUCCAUAAAAGAUUGUAAAUUUGCAAGAAUUUGUACUACAAUAUAAGACAAGAGUGUGCCAUGAAAACCAUUCCCACGUACGGUUUUAAUAACAACAACAUAAAAGAACAUCACGGUUCUUGAUGAUCAGUAUAUAUGCAAUUUACAA